AUGUCAGAUUGUGAGUACUAUUAGAAAUUUGGAAUUAACUAGUCUAUUUUCAAUAGCGAGCCUUUAAAACAGCUUACACCAAUAUUAAAAAUCUCUCGUUCUGCUUCAGAUGAUACUAUGGUUCGUAAAGAUAGUUAUGGGAAUGUAAUUAUGCGUGGAAAUAAGUAGCAUAAAAUAUAGUUUAGGGAUUAAAAUGAAGUACAUUUAGUUGAAAAUUGGAAAUAAUACAAUACGGACAUGACCAAUAAAGAAUCUCCUUGUGUCUGUCAAAUAAUAUGA